CUGUGCGCCUUCUCCGCUUUGCCCAGCUGUCCUGUCAGCGCAAGCAAGCACACGCCGCACAACGAUGCACAACCAAUCCACCACUCGACCGAACAGCGGCAUCUCUCGCUCGCUCGCUCGCUUGCUUGUUGUUCCCCCCGCCUCACCACUCUCUCUGCCCAGCCAGAGUCACACAUUCUCACCUGACACACACACACGCCGCACGCGCUGAGUGCGAAAUCAAAACAAACAAACAAACAAACCAAGCAAGCGCAAGGUGCAGCCACGCCAACUACCAACCACAAGUCGUCGCCACAUUCACCCACAACCACAAAUCAAAACAAACCAAAGCAGGCCCACUCAGGUGCCCGACCUAUUUCUCUUGGAUGCAUGCAGGUUCUGGGAAGCGCGCACACCCAGAUCAUCGCGUUCUCCCUGUGACCAAGCAGUGACCAGCGACAACACGGAACUCCCCCUCUGCGCACCUCUGCCGUCUUCCUCAACCCAACACCAUGGCAUCGCAGCAGCAGCAACAACAGCAAGAUGGCUCACAGCCACGACAGCAGCAGGCGCUGCCAGCAGCUGAGGUGACCGAGCUGGCACAAACGCUGGAGCGCGAUGUCACUGCGGGCCUUGGCGUGUCCUCGGAGCUUUCCGACGCCCUUGUCUCCCUGUGCCAGGCAGGCGACGUGAACCAGCUCAUGCUCAUCGUCUCGCGUGUCAGCCUGGAGCAGACUGUCCUCACAGACGACUACGACUGCGCGUCCAUCCUCCACAUCGCUGCUGCGAGUGGCCGCCAAGACAUUGUUCACAGCAUCAUUCCGCUUGGAGCGCGUGUGCAUGCGCAGGACAACAACGGGCGGAUUCCCCUUCAUGCAGCAGCAGCACACGGACGCGUGCAGGUGGUGCAGGACCUGCUGCGCCCCGCACCACAGACCAUCGACGCGCAGGACAACGACGGCAACACCGCCCUCCACCUCGCCGCCAACAACAACGACGCACAGCUGUGCCUCAAGCUCAUGCACGCCAACGCAGACCCAGGCGUGCGCAACAACAAAGGCAAGACAGCCCUCGACCUUGCAUCGGACGAGCACGUGAUCCAGGUCAUGUCACCGCAAUUCAACGGGCCGCAGCUUGUCGACGCCGUCAAGACAGGAAGCUUCUGCACCCUGCAGUCCCUCCUCACCCGCAGCAACGUCAACUACACCAUCCCCGAGCAACAACUUGCGUCGCUGCUGCAUCUUGCUGCCACGUUGCACAACCCGUCCCUUGUUCAUCUGCUGAUUCGCUCCGGCGCCGACAUUGACCGCGGCGACGCCCAGCACAUGACCCCGCUCCACUGGGCCGCAGCUGCCUGCGACAUUGAGGCUGCACAUGCGUUGCUGACACACGGCGCGACUGUGGACGUGUGCGACGCAACCCUGACCACUCCUCUCCUCAAGGCCGUCAAAUGCUGCUGCUAUUACAUGUUGAUGUACCGGAAGGCCACCGCGGCGUCGCCAACCACCCCGCCCUCAGCUGCGUCCAACGCCUCUCCUCGCGGCCAACCCACAACACGCGCCCGCGCAGCAACGUACCCAUACCGGCUGCAGGGCUCCCCCAGCGGCGUUGCGGGCCGAUCGGCCGUUGCUCCAGGCAUUCUGCAGGCACCCGCCACCCAGCAUGCAGAGGGCAGUGCCACCUCACCCCCACAUCAUCAUCAUCAUCAGCAGCAGCAGCAGCAGCAUCAUCAGCAGCAGCAGCAUCAUCAGCAGCAACAGCGCGAGUCGCCAGCUGCGCAACAGUUUGCCGCCAAGUACCGCCAGGCAGUCGAGUUCGUGAAGCUGCUGCUGCAGUGUGGUGCCAGUCCCAACAUUGCCGACAGCAAGGGAAACUGCGCCCUCCACUACACCGCCAUCCACUGCCUCCCAGACGUCACGCAUGCGCUGCUGAUGCAUCCCAGCACGGACGUGGACAUUCGCAAUCAGGACGGCAACUCCCCUCUCCACCUCGCCUGCCAGCACGACUCGGAGCGCGUGGUGGAGAUGCUGCUGCCCAAGGUCGCCGAUGCACUGCUGUGUGCGUGGACAGACGACCUCGAUGACGCCGACCCGGCCACCGAACAUCAGGCCCAGACCGACAGCGCGUUCACCUCUGCGCCACCCACGCCGUGCAGCGGCCACCACACCGCAAAGACGGGCGACGCACCAGAAGCAACCAACAGCAACAGCAAUGUGCAUGAAACCACGUUUGCUGCUGUCGAUGGUUCAAAACGGAAAGUAUCCCCGGCUGCCAACAAGUUUGGAUUCACCCCACUCGACCUCUGUCCCCCAGGAUCAACGUGCCUGACCCUGUUGCUGGCUGCUCGCGUUCUCAGCCUCUGAUCCCCUAGAUGCCCAACUACUGCAACUACUCUUCAAGCACGCCUCAGUCACUCUUGCUCUUCUUGCUAUUCUUGCUCUUCUUGCCUGCCUUCGUUUUUGGCGUUGUUCGUGCAUGCGUUACUGUGCGGUUCUUCUUUGUGACCCAACAAAGCCGCUUGUUCCCAGUGCUCCCUUCUCUGUCCUGCCCGCCGUCGCAUAUGAGCUGUGCUCAAUCGCAAUCGUAUCAGUGACCAAGAAUCGUAACAGAAUGAUAAACUUGAGCGGAAACGGA